AUGCCCCCCCUCACUUUCGGCCUCAACUCCGCCAAAACAUCCUCAGGCGUCUCGAAGCCCGCGCAGAAACGCAAAGCCUUCUUCGAUGAUGGUGAUGAUGGAAGCGAGGAGGCCGCGGCCACGCCUCCGCCUGCUUAUGGCGCGAAGAAGACCUCAAAACCUCUACGGCCCUUAAGAGAUCUUGACGAUGACGACCAUGACCACGAACCUCCGAGAAAGUCGCCCAAGCUGUCGCAGUACGGUCUGCAGCUUCACAAAUCAAAAUCCUCGGGGUCUGCAAUGGAGACGGACAAGUAUGUAAAUCUGUCGGCCCUGCGCAGUGCCAAGUUGCAUGACGAAGAAGCCUCGAAGAUCGAUGCAUCUGUCUACGACUACGACGCUGCCUACGAAACGUUCCACGCAGAGAAAGAGAAAAAGCCAAACGAGGCAGGGGGAUCGUCAGGCCCCAAAUACAUGGGAUCACUUCUACAGAGCGCUGAGGUGCGAAAGAGAGAUCAGCUGCGAGCCCGAGAGAAGCUCCUGCAGCGUGAAAGAGAAGCAGAGGGAGAUGAAUACGCUGACAAGGAGAAAUUCGUGACUGGAGCAUAUAAGAAGCAGCAGGAGGAGAUCAGGCGCAUGGAGGAAGAGGAGAAAAAACGUGAAGCAGAGGAGGAAGAACGGCGCAGGAAAGGUGGAGGCAUGACCGCUUUCCACAAGCGGAUGCUAGAGAAGGACGAAGAGAGGAUGCGGUUGAUCAAAAAGGCCGAGGAGGAGGCCGCAAAGAGAAAGGAAGACGGCCUAGAGGAGGCGACGCCGAUUGAGGAAGAGGAAUCUGAAACGAAGAUUGCUGAGAAACUGAACAAGCAAGGAGCACGCAUCGUCGUCAACGAUGAAGGUGAGGUGGUCGACAAGCGACAGCUCCUGUCCGCUGGCCUGAAUGUGGCGGCCAAGAAGCCCGGGAGAGAGCAACAAGCCCCCACGGGACCAGAAUCUGCUCGAAAGGACGAAUACUGGAGAUCAUCCAAGGCAGUAGAUGCGCGCCAUGCUCAGCGCGAGAGACAGUCACGGAUGAUGGAGCGACAGAUCGAGGAGAUGACGGAGAAACAGAAGCAGGUCGAAGUGGAGGAGCAGAAACAACAACAGGACAAGAGUAAGAGCAAGGUCAGCGAAGCCGAUAAGAUGAGUGCCAGAGAGAGAUUUCUGCAGCGGAAACGGGAAAGAGAGGAGGAAGCGAGGAAGAAGAAAGAGGCUGGCGGUUGA